GACUCCUUAGCCGCACGCUGCGGCCAGGCCUGGCGGACCCCCCAGAGGCCAGUCAGUCACUUGCUGUGCCGCAGCCCGCCACAGCCGGCUCCAGCUUCCCGAUAAAGUAAGAGACCACAGCGGAUACCAUGCUGCUCCGAGCGCUGCCGCUGUUGGCGCUGGUGUGCUGCGGGGCAAGGGCGGCCCGGGAAGUGACCAACGAGGACCUGCGCUCCGCCAUCCUGGCGCUGGCGCACAUCACCAAGGAGUCGGCCGACAAGCUCUCGGGCCACGACCGGCGCGAGCAGCAGGUGGCCGAGACCCUCAAGCGGUCGCUGACCGGCGUGGACCGCAGGCUCAACUCGGUGGACGAGCCGCUGCGGCACCUGGAGGGCCGCCUGGCCAAGAUGGAGGCCUCUAUCAAGGACAUGGAGAAGCGGUCCUCCACGGCCGCCGAGAGGCAGGGGGCCACGCUGUCCGGCAUCCAGAAGACGCUGCAGGAGCUCACCUUCCACCCGGGCGUGGGCGGCGGCCCCGGGCCGGGCGAGGCCGUGGCCGUGGUGCCCGUGGGCCAGGCGCUCGGCGAGGAGAUCCUGGCGGCCGUGCAGCGCCUCGAGCAGCGCACCGUGUCGGCGGCCCGGGACGCCGUAGAGACCGCGCUCCACCGGCAGCAGAACGAGACGCUGCGCGUGGCGCAGCGGGUGCUCGAGGACGUCGCGCCCAGGGUGGCGCAGUUCCUGGUCGCGGACCUGGUGGCCAAGCUGGAGCAGCGCGCGGCGGGUGGCGGCGGCGAGGCGGUGGCGGCCGCCGUCACGGACCAGCUCAUGCAGCGCCUCGAGCAGCAGGACCAGCGACGGGCGGCCGAGCUCAAGGUCGUCGCGCAGGAGACCCGCGAGGAGCUCCUCGAGGCCGUGAGCGCGCUCAUGAGCGCCAGCAACACAGGGCUGGUGGCCGACGUCGCCAAGUCGUACGAGGCCCUGAGCAAGGAGCUGAGCGCGCUGGCCGGCGUGGAGAGGGUGCUGGUGCAGACGGGCGACAACGUGAUCGACGCCAAGCGCCGCGUCGAGUACGGCGUGCACCAGAUCCUGCUCGAGGUCGGCACCCUCAUCAAGCAGCAGUCCAAGGACCUCAACGAGACGCUCAACGUUCGCUUCGAUGCCAUCUCCGGCGACAUCCUCUCGCACCAGACGGAGAACCUGGGCAACCUCAGCACCAAGAUCGAGACGGAGAUCUCGCAGGUGUGGCGCCAGAUCGGCAUCAUGUACGAGCAGCUCACAGCCUCCAAGAGCAUGCUGGACCGGCUGCAGCAGCAAACCGAGAUCUACGUCAACGGCAGCCUGCAGACCAUGGACGGCAUGGAGGGCAAGGUGGGCCAGAUCACAGGCCGCAUGGGGGAGGUCGACGAGAACCUCAACUACCUGCUCGGCCGGCUGUCGCUCGUCACACAGGAGUUCAACCAGAUCAAGUCCGGGCUCGCGUCCGCCCUGGACAGCAUCCGCAAGAGCUUCCUGGAGCUGCAGGGCCAGGUCACGGACCUCGGGCCCGGCCCCAACCCCAUCCCGGACGAGCCGCCCUCGCCCGCCCUCAUGCCGCCCACGCGGGGGCAGGCCAGACCGGGUCAGGACGCCGACAACCAGGUGUAGCUCGCCCGGGCCCUCCUGCUCUCCUUCCCGUACUCCGCCCACGCGCCGCUGCCGGCCGGCGGCGCGGGGCGAGGCGAGCGGCUCUUGCGAUACAGCCCAGCUCGCCCAGCUCCGCCUCCUACAGCAUCCGUUGGGAAAUCUGAUGAGCAAGUUGCAGAGCACAUACACACACACACAGUGCCCGUCAACGGCUCACCAUCCUACAACCUUAACUCUAACCUGCACCCUCUCAUCGCACUGGUAAGUCCAGGUGUCUCCCUCGCCAUUGACACCUUCCCGUCGGACUCCGAAUGAAAGCGCCCGCCCGUGCGGUGGGCUACAAGCGCGGCGCCAUUCCCCCCGUAUGCGUCACUGGACUGCAGAAUAACCCAGACAUGGAAUGCACGGGUCACAAAUCAUCACUCAAAUUUUAACACAGAUACACCACUACUUUAAGAUGGCGCACUAGCUUGUAAAUCCCAAAAUGGAAUAAAGAACUAAUUUGGGAAUGACAAAAUAAAAUAAAAAUGAAGUGUGUCAA